AUGAGCAGCAUUAAAAGCAAUGAGAGUUACACUCCUGACAAGCAGAAUAUCAAAAAUAUCAAGAUUAUUCAUCACCCAGAGACCGUACCAAUUACCAUCAAAUAUGCUAACAAUAUCAGUGUACCGUUUCAUGAAUACUUGGCACAAACAUGCCGAUCUUUAUUCGGCCCAAAAGCACAUUAUACCCCUACGCCUUACUUAAGGUCAAAGCAUCUACAGACGAUCUAUGCCUCAUUUUACGACAGCUCCGAUACGAAAAAUGAUAUAACAUAUGAAAGGCAAAUGCUGGAAUUUAAAGAUGGCGGUGUUGCGUCUCUUGAUUGGGCAGUACCACUGGAGCCAUUACCUGCCGGAACACCUACGCUAGUGAUACUUCAUGGUUUAACAGGUGGAAGCCAUGAAAACUAUAUUCGCGGCUUGCUUCAACUGCUUACAAGACCACCUAUCAAUUAUAGGGCAGUAGUGUAUAACGCGAGAGGCUGUGGCUUUACGAAUAUUAGUACGCCUCAGAUAUUCAAUGCUUCAAUUACAAGCGAUCUUAGAGAUGCCCUUCGUCAUAUUCAAAAACAAGUGGGCGAUGAUACUCCUCUUAUUGGUAUAGGAUAUUCAUUAGGUUCAAACAUUCUUGUGAAGUACCUAGGAGAAGAACAAGAAAAGACACCAUUGAUUGCCGCAGUAUCCAUUGGUAACCCGUUUGAUUUGUUAAACACGGGCAACGUGUUAGAUCAAGGUUAUUUCACUCGCAAGGUAUACUCACAGCAUAUGGCAAAAAAUCUUAAGAAUAUCUUUUUGAGAAAUAAGGAUAUUAUGCUUACUCGUGGCGAUAUUGAUAUUGACGAAGUAUUAUCAGCGAGGAGUAUUCGUGAAUAUGAUGAUGCCUGUACGAAAAAGAUGUCUAAUUACUCUACUGUGAACAACUACUACCGCGAUGGUAGUUGUGCUCGUGUCAUUGAAUAUGUCCGUAUUCCACUACUGUGCAUCAAUGCUUUGGAUGAUCCUGUUGCCGUUGCUUCUAGUAUUCCUGUAGAUGAAAUUAAAGUGAAUCCAUAUAUUAUUCUAGCGGCCACAAGGCACGGUGGACAUAUCGGUUGGUUCGAAUACUCUUACCGCCCUUCUCGAUGGAUAGACAAGCCCAUCGCCGAAUUUGUCGUUGCCAUGUUCCAGGCUAACGAUCCACGCAAGGACAGCAAGAAGUUAGAUACCAGUGUUGUUAUGCGUAGUGCGAAAUCAAUCAGACAAAUCCGCUUCCCUCCGUUGCCUUCAAAGAUACCUCCCUUAAUGAAAUCUUGA